AUGAUCCCCGCGCUGCCGCGCGCGGUGGCGCCGCGUAUCGCGGCCCCCCGCGGCCUGAUCCCGCUGGCCUCCCGGAGAUCCGGGAUCCGCGAUCCGCGGGUCGGGCACCGCCAGGGCGAGGGCUGCGGAUCCGGCGCGAUGAGGGGAGGCGGCCCGGGCGGGAGGGCGCGGGCGUCCGCGCCGGAGGCGGGGGGCCUGCCGGAGAUGCGGCGUGGGCGCGGGGAGGAGGAGCCGCUGGAGGUGCUGGUGGUGGGCGCUGGGCCCUCGGGACUGGCGGUCGCGGCAGCAGCUGGGAGGGAGGGCCUCCACGUGGGGGUGAUCGACCCGUCUCCCGAGUCACUGUGGGCCAACAACUACGGCACGUGGGUGGAUGAAUUCGAGGCGCUGGGAUUUGGGGACUGCCUGUCGCACGUCUGGGACAAGGUCGACGUCGUGUUCGAGGACUCCUCGCCUCCUUGCACCCUGGCGCGGCCGUACGGCCAGGUGGACCGACGGCGCCUGAAGUCGCGGCUGCUGGAGAACUGUCGGGAAACGGGGGUGGGGUUCCUCGCCGGGCAGGUCCGCAGCGUGGAGCACCUGCAAACGUGCACAAGGGCGACGUGCGCGGACGGCACAAGUGUUUCUGCGCUGCUUGUUAUUGAUGCCACUGGCUACUCACGUCGGCUUAUGCAGUUCCAAUCCCCCGUGGGGGAUUUGGACUCGGCGGAUGUGACACCUGGCUACCAGGUGACCUACGGAAUCCUUGCAGAAGUGGAGGCACAUGAUCUGCCCUUGGAUCACAUGGUACUGAUGGACUGGAGCGACAGCCACCUGUCGCCAGAGCUGUUCAGGCAGAAUCAUGCUGAGCCUUCAUUCUUGUACAUGAUGCCAUUCACUCCCACAUCUGUGUUCCUAGAAGAAACCAGCUUAGUGGAUCGACCAGCAGUGAGAUCCGAAGAUCUGAGAGCACGGCUAAAAGAGAGGCUUGGGGCACAGGGGAUUAAGUAG